AUGUCAGAAGCUAUCAGCAGGACUGUCCUCGUCAACAGACCCGAGGCAGUAGACAAUCGAAAUAUGAUUUCCAUGAUAGAAUCUCAACUCCACACUAAAUUGGACAGCUUUUUCCUCUUCGUGGGCCGACUGAGACCCAUAAAAGAUCCAAAAUACAUUCUCCAGCCAUUUCUUGAACUCGCACGAGAUAGGUCGACGCGCCACCUUCAACUCCUAUAUGUCGGCUCAGUUGAAGAAGAUUGUGAUGAAAUUCAGUCUUUCCUAUCGGAGGUCGACAAACACGAGUCCAUUCACUGGAUGGCGUCAAUUCCACAACCACAGGUGCACGCCUUGAUGACCGCUGCUAUAUGCCUGAUCAACUCUUCCCUGAGUGAGGGUCAACCUCUGAGUAUCAUGGAGGCCAUGACGCUUGGAUGUCCAGUAGUAGCUCGCAACAUUUCUGCCAACAAGGACCUCAUCGACCACGGUGAGACAGGACUGAUUUUUGAUUCACCUUACGUGAGUUUCAUCAAUCAUUUGCUGGACUCUACUUAA